AUGAGCACAAUUUCGCCUCGGGUCAAAGCUGGCUACUCGGUGGGUCACGUGCUCAAUGACCUCUGCGCGGCCAUGUGGUUCAGCUACUUAUUGGUCUAUUUUCAUCAGAUUUUGAUGCUCGACGCUGAUACUGCUGGAUAUUUGCUUCUGAUAGGACAAUUAACGGACGGCUUCGCAACGCCUUUUGUCGGAAUCGAGAGUGAUAGAGUUGGAUUGCUGGGGAAGAUUUAUGGCAGAAGAAAAAGCUGGCAUUUGUUUGGAACAAUUUGUGUCAUUCUCAGUUUUAUAUUUAUCUUUACACCAGUGCCAAAAUACAUCCCAGAUGUCACUCCAGAUUGGGUCGCACUGGUUUAUUAUACGCCCUUUAUCGUCAUUUUUCAAAUCGGCUGGGCUUCGACGCAAGUUUCUCAUCUUUCAGUCAUUCCAAAUUUGACGCCAGUUGCGAGGGAAAGAACCCAACUCAAUUCUUUCAGAUAUGGCGGAACUGUUCUCAGCUCGAUCGCAGUCUAUGGAAUCGCUUUUGCUUUCCUGCAGAGCUCAGAUUCUGACGAUCUCGGCUGGAAUGACCGAUUUAUUUUCAACAAACUUGCGAUUAUUGUUAUUUGCACUGGGUCCUUUUUCUCCUUUCUCUUCCAUCUUUUUGUGCCAGAAGAAACGGAACUCGGGCCAUUGGGAACAAUCGCCAAUGUGAACUAUGAUGAGGAUGAUGACAACGAGGAGAACAGAGGUCACAUAGAGAAUGAAGGAACACCUUUGCUGACUGAAAGCAAUGAGGAGACCAUCAAAAAAUGGACGGAAUGGUUCAAGCUGCCGAACUUUUAUCUGACAGGACUCAUCUACAUGUCAAGCCGUCUUAUUGUGAACAUGUCCCAAGUCUACAUGCCAUUUUACCUUACCGAUUCUCUCGGUGUUCAAAAAACGAUGAUAGCAAUCGUCCCAUUGAUAGUGUUCAUUUCCGGCUUUGUUAUGAGCAUGAGCGUUCCGAUCUUGAACAAGUACAUCAACAACAAUGUGAUUUACAUCAUCGGCACAGUUCUUUGCAUAUCCGGAUUCAUCUGGGCACGUGAUUUAGCAACGCCAAUUGGAGCAGUCGACCCAAGCAGAAGAUAUGAAAUCAUCGGCGUCGCAAUCAUGAAUGGAGCUGGAUGUGCGGCAGUGCUGAUAUCUUCCUUAUCCCUCACAGCGUUUCUAAUUGGUGAUAAUUGCUCUACUUCGGCGUUUGUUUAUGGAGCCAUGAGUUUAACGGAUAAGAUAGCUAAUGGAAUCGCUGUUGUUAUCAUUCAAAACGAAGAUCCAUGCUCCUGCAACUGCGAGGACUGCGGCAAGUUCUUCCGCGAAGUACUCACAAUCGGCGUCUCAGCAAUCUGCGCUGUGGCGAGCCUAGCCGUCGUGGCGCAUUAUUUUCUCUUCGUCCGGCAGCCGCGGCAGCAGACGGGAUACGAGCGCAUCGACGAUUAA